AUGUCUGUCAAUCCGCGCAAGAGAAAGGUAGUUACGCGCCCGGCGCCCGAGCCAAGCGAAUCGGAGGACGAGCUGGGCGACGGAUUGCUGGAAGGCAUCUUGUCGCAUUCCGAGGACGACUCGGACGACAGCCAAGAUGAAGAUGCCGAUACCGAUGCCAGCAGUGUGAUCGAGGGCCUGUCUGACGAAGACGAAGAGGAGGAGGAAGACAGCGACUCGGAGCAAAUUCGUGAGGAAAUGCGCAAUCUGAACACCUCAGAUGUUCCGCUGCGCAAGAAGAAUGGAGUACCAACACAUGAGAUGGAUCUGGACGCCUAUGGCAAUGCAACAGGAGCAUUGGACGAUGAUGAAGAUCUCAAGCCCAACUACACUGUCACAACGGACGCGCACGGCAAUACUCGUUACAUCUACAAGGAAAUCGACCCAGUCUACGAGUCGGACGAUUCUGACGCCGAAGCUACGAACACGAUCGGCAACAUCGACCUCAAGUACUACGAUGAAUACCCGCAUAUUGGCUACGAUAUCAAUGGCAAGAAGAUCAUGCGCCCAGCAAAGGGCGAAGCACUGGACGCGCUGUUGGACAGCAUCGACAUACCGAAGGGUUGGACAGGCUUGACGGAUCCUCAGACAGGAAAGCCGCUGAACCUGACGGACGAGGAGCUGCAGGUACUCAAGAAGCUCACAAGGAACGAGGUGGUCGAGGAUGGAUAUGACCCAUACCCAGAGAUGGUCGCCUACUUCUCUGGCCACCAGGAGAUUAUGCCACUGAGCGCUGCACCAGAGCCUAAGCGACGAUUCAUUCCUUCCAAGCACGAGGCGAAGCGUGUCAUGAAGCUCGUCAAGGCGAUCAGAGAAGGCAGGAUCCAGCCGUACAAGGCACCUGAGGAGCAGGAAGAGGAGCAGGACGUUUUCACUUUCGAUGUAUGGGCCGACGAGAAGCCACGACCAGACAACUCAAUGCAUAUUCCUGCGCCUAAGCUGCCACCACCUGGCUACGAAGCGAGUUACCACCCACCGCCCGAGUAUCUACCGGAUAAGGCUGAGGAGCAGGCAUGGCUGGAACAAGACGAGGAGGACCGAGAGACGGACUUCCUGCCCAAGGACUACGCUGCGUUGCGCAAGGUUCCUGGUUAUGAGACAUUCGUCAAGGAGCGAUUUGAGCGAAGCUUGGAUCUCUACCUGGCUCCUCGUAUUCGAAGGAAUCGACUGAAUAUCGACCCUGAAUCACUUCUCCCCAAGCUACCUAACCCGGAGGAACUGAAGCCUUUCCCAACUACCUGCGCGGCGAUAUUCCGUGGACAAGAAGGACGCGUCCGUUGUGUAUCGAUCGAUCCCAACGGUAUCUUUGUUGCGAGCGGAGGUGACGAUGGCUAUGUGAGAAUCUGGGAGAUUUUGACAGGUCGCCAAGUCUGGAAUGCAAAGUUGUCAGAUGAAGAGGCCGUGGAUGCCGUACAAUGGAGACCUACCAAGGACGCCGCCGUAGUCGCUGCGGCUUGUGGCGAGAACGUCUAUCUCAUCGUACCUUUCACUCUUCUGUCACCCGACAUUGAGCAGGCCAGUCGCGAAGUUCUCGACGCAGGUUGGGGUUACGCAACGUCGAAGCCGAAAUCAAAUGAUGGUGAAGCACCCAAGCAAGCACCUGGCAAAUGGUCCCGUCCUGGAGCUCGCCUUGAAAACAAGGGCGUCCUGGUUCAAGUCGAAGUCCGAUCAGCUGUCAAGAUUGUCAACUGGCACCGGAGAGGAGACUACUUCGCCACAGUAUCGCCUCGGGGUCAAAGCACAGCAGUAGCCAUUCACACCGUCUCAAAACAUCUCACUCAACUUCCCUUCCGCCGCUUGAAGGGUAUCGCUCAAACCGCACAGUUCCACCCUUCCAAGGCUAUCUUCUUUGUCGCUACCCGCAACACCAUCCGCAGCUACGAUCUCGCCAAGCAGGAACUCGUUAAAAUCUUGCAACCAGGUGCCAAGUGGAUCUCCUCGAUUGACGUACAUCCUGGUGGUGACAACAUCAUCGUCGGAACAUACGACAAGCGCCUCCUUUGGCACGAUCUCGACCUCUCCAACAAGCCCUACAAGACUCUUCGUUUCCACAAGGAGGCUAUCCGUGCAGUACGCUUCCAUCAAGGUGGUCUACCUCUUUUUGCCGAUACCUCCGACGACGGCACCAUCCAAAUUUUCCAUGGAAAGGUUGUAGGCGACCUAAUGGAGAAUGCAACUAUCGUACCCCUGAAGGUAUUGCGUGGACACAAGGUCAAGAGCAGGUUGGGUGUCAUGGGCCUAGACUGGCAUCCUAGGGAGCCGUGGUGUGUGUCGGCUGGUGCAGACGGAACAUUGAGGUUAUGGAGCUAG